CGAAAUCGAGGCAGGUUCGCCCAGCUCGAGCAGCUCCAGUCGAACUACUGCACGAAACAACAUUCUGUAGGAAUGUGUGCGAUUCACCUGCACACAAGUUUCCACCAAUCGGUGAGCUUGUUCGUCAGCGCGAGAGGCAUGUUGGGAAUGCCGCCAGCGCUGUCGGAAGACCUUGUCACGCUGCGCAUCGCAGGAAAGGCUUACGACAUCACGUCGGCCGUCACGUCUGCGCGUCGAAUGUCUGAGAUGUUGCCGUCCCACGCGAGGUCGUUGAUCGAAUUGGCAACAUCGUCCACCAAGUCAUUGGAGAUGUCGUCCAAGUGUCUGUGGCAAGCGGCCGAGAAGGCAAAUGCUGGGUUCAUGGUCGAAUUCUUCGCGACGGCAGACGACCAAAUUACGGUACAGACGUGCAUCGAGUACAAGGGCCGCAACCAGGAAACGCCGUUCCUCGUGGCAUGUCGGCUGGGUCACGUACAAUGCGUCACAAUCUUAAUGCACUAUGGUGCAAACGUACACGCAGUUGAUCGGCAUGGAAACACAGGUCUGCACCACGCUUGCCGGCAAGGCCACGUUGCACUCGUCCAGCUCCUCGUGGGUCAUGUUCCCGUCUGGCUUCAGAACUCUAGUCGUUUGUCCGCGCUGGACUUGUGCCGACAGCAACUGCGCCUUCGUCGGCGCAACGUUCACAUGGCCCGGUGUUUAGAGUGCCUGGAAAAUCGAGUCAAACUGUUUGAAGGAUGGAUCGAGUUGAGCGAAGCCACGGUUGGGUCCAUGCUCACUGGGCUAAGGGUGCUGCAAGCAUGGAAUUUGCGGUAUGUCGUCGUGUACGACGUCGGCUCGAACUCGCACGUGGAUGUAGCUGUCUACUCGAUUGCGCACGAACUACGCCCGCUCAUUCCAACCACGGUGUAUGUGGUCCCAAUCCUCCAGGAGAUGCUCCUGAACGAAGAGCCCAAACUGCUUCAACCUCGGCCCUGUACCUUUGCAUUGCACGGCGCGCCGAGACGAAAAGACAUGUUCGUUGGCGCCACGCAAAAGAUCGAGUUUGCCGCGGCGAAUCCACAGGACUGGGGUCGGUGGGCCACCUUUUUCAGUGUAACGCUAGUACGUCCGAUUUGGAUUGCAUGGAGGUUGUGUCUGCUAAUGGGAGACGUGCAUCCUUCAGAAAGAUCUCAAGGGAGACGUCAGCGCACUGACGGCCGCCUCCGAUAAUGCGCGUCAUCACAGCCAACACGCAUCCAUCCCUGAUCGUCCCCCGACUCCACCAUGCGGCACACCGCUCCUUCGGCCAUGGGGCUUGGAUAAUACGGUGGAAACUUAGAGGGUAUAAUUUAAUCGUUUCAAAGCAUUUUCUACCAUGUCUCUU